AUGCAGUCUCUCCUGAAUCAUCAGCGACUCGCUCGGGCAGUUGAGAUGGCAAAGACACCCGAAGCACAGGCCGGUCUUGCGUCAUUGGUUCUCCUGCCUCUAUUACCAAAGCUGAAUAGCUGGAUGUCGCAAAGAAAAGCCAACAACUUCGAGGUUGACGAUACGUGGGACUGUUCCAAGGAGAUUGUGGUGGUGACUGGAGGGAGCAGUGGCAUUGGUGCCAAGAUUGUCUCGUGGCUCGAGAGAGACAACGUCAAAGUCAUCAUCAUCGAUCUCAACCCGCCAUUAGAGCCGACUGGUAAAAACACCAGCUUCUACAAGGCCGACCUCAGGGUAGCCUCUGAGAUCGCCUCCGUCACGGACACCAUCAGGAACGACCACGGCGACCCAACAGUCCUCGUAAAUAACGCCGGCACCGGCAUCAUAUCGCCGAUCCUGGAGAUGCCCGGGCCAGACACACGCAGGGUAUUCGAGGUCAACCUGUUUGCACCGGUCUACCUGGUCAAGCAGUUCCUGCCGGCCAUGGUGAAGCAUAACCACGGCCACAUCGUCAACGUCUCGGGCAUGGCCGCCUUCGCGACCCAGGCGUGCAACGUCCCGUAUGCGUGCUCCAAGAACGGGCUCCUGUCGUUCCACGAGGGGCUCGUGCAGGAGUGCUGGUUCGUCUACAACGCGCCUCUGGUGCGGGCAACCGUCGUCCACCCCUCUUGGAUCAAGACGCCCAUGAUCAGGUCGCUCACCGAUAGCGGGAAGUUGGCUACGGGCAGGUUAUAG